AUGUGGCUCACUAUUCACUGGCUAGUCAGUCGCAUCCCUGACCGCCUAGCCACAGCCAACGACGCGCUUCUUUUGAAGCACCCCACUGAGCUUACCAUCGAUCUUCUUGAGACCGCUCUCUCGAAGAUCGAGAGUAACCUCCUCGCUGUUGCCUCUGCCUCUUCCGCGCCUCCUCCUCGUCUUUUUGAGGGGUGUGCGGUACCACAGCUUCCCACCUUCACUGCCUCCCUUGCCACCCCCGCGUCUUCUGCCUCUGAGGAGACGGCGGCUGUUUCUGUCUCUGGCGGACAGAAACGUGGCAAGGCCGGUAAGAAGGGCAGGAAAGGCGGCGGGGGUACUGGGGGUGGUGCGGGUAGUGGCGGUGGUGGUGGAGCUGGUGGUGGGAGUGGUGGUGGGGGUGGCUCGGGACCUGACGGCCCUCCUCUCGACGGUGGAGUUUUUUAUUGGUGGUGA